UCUUAGCUGAAGCUAGCAGCUCAUUUUAUCAAUUAUUUCCAGCGAAGAUCACAGCUGUUCUCUGGGACGAACGCCUAAGCACAUAUAAAUGGGGCCCAAAUGGUAGGAGCAAGGCAGGCAAAAGCUCCCCCCAGAGGAAAACUCAUCAACUGGGAUAAUUAGCAGAAAGGAAACUGAUGAUUAGAGAGCGGUGUGCAUAUAUAAGGGGUGGAUGCCACUUAAAAAUGUUCCUUUCAGGAAGGCUGUCAAGCUAACUAGCUUGGAAGAGUUUGAUAUUGCGACCAUGACAGAGUUCCUGGUUUGUUUUCAUUGCUGCAUUGGUGACCAGCCCCCAAUGAAGAGGCAUCCACGACUUGACAGAAAUAUGAUCGGAGAGCCAAUGAACUUUGUACACAUCACCCACGUUGGAAAGAAAGAAAUGGACAGUAGCCCUCCUUCUGUUGAGCAAAUUCAGGAACGGAUGAAUUCCAAAGGAGGCUAUAACAACAAUAAUUCUACACCUACACAGAUUUAGGAGAUGUUUAAAUAAAAUUAAAUACAGUAUGUUCUGUUCUGAAAGUAAAUGGGUCUAAUGAAUAUAAUUGAUUGUUUUCAUUAUAAAUUGUCGUAUUUUGACUAGGAUUGUAAAUCGCUAAAUUCAUGUCAAUUCUUGUUCUGUAAAUGUCUGUUUAUGUUGGGGAUUUCACCUCUAUGAAAGCAAUACGUACAAGGCAUCUUAAUCCUGAUAACAGAAUUAUAUAUACUAGUGCUAAAUGAUCUAAAACCACUACUUAAAAAUGGUGGCUGCAGUUGUAAGUUAUACUUCACUUCCAUCAAUAAACUGAGAUUGAAAAGUCUUUUGCUAGGAAAGGGGAGAGGUUAAUUGAGCCAGUUUUGCCUUCUAUAGAACAGAAAUAUUUCCAGAUAAGGUUGUACCAAGCAAACAUGUCAACAUCUGAUUUCAGUUAUAGUUUGUUUGGGCUCGGGAAAGAUACUGUCCCUCUGGAAAUACUGACUGUUCAUAACAUGCCAAGGUACUAAGCAUUCUACUUAUUAGAACAUAAUAGUACGUACUCGUAGUCUUCAGGUUUUACAAAUACUGCUGCAUGCCUUCCCUUAACAAAAAAUUUGGAAGUCUGUUCAGAUUUUUGCAAUGAUAGAUCCUGCCAUAAAGGAGUAUGGCCCUGUGUGAUAUUUUGGGUUCUCUCCUGACAUGGGUAAAUGGUACAUCUUGGAAAGAGUGUUUAUAUUGUAAUCCUUUUAUACUAAUUGAAAGCUCAUAAGUAUUAUGAAUGGAAAAUGUAAGGCUUUGGUGAAGGAGACUUCUGCAAAAGAAUCUGGAAACAUUCAGCAGGAGCAGGUGAUAGGAUUCUUGCUGUUACUAUAAUUGGGAAUUGUCAUACCAACGUUCUAGAAAGAUUUGAUUUUAGCAGCAGGGUGGUAUUCUGCUAUAUUUGUUGUCCAUGUCCUCAUCUUCUACACUUCUGAUAAGGCUAUGAAGUCUGGCCCUUGUGGGUCGCUUCUGAGAUUUGUGCAUUCUCUGCUCAAUGCUAACUGAAAAUGGCAUCCACCAGCAUCAUGAGAACUACUUUCCUGUACUGUCAGUACUUAACUAGAACAGUAGUUUGGGCUUAGUACACACAUGGUUCUUCAGAGAUACUUCAUGGGAACGGAGUGACAGCAGCUUGAAUCACAAGCUUUGAGAACUGCUAUACUCUUUGGAAGCAUAAGGCUAUCACACCUCAUUUUCAGCUGGGUGAAGUGAAAGCAGAGAGUUGAAGCUCCCUUUUUAAUAACCACUGGCAACACUGAAGGAAGUUUCCUGUUAGGUAUGGUGCUCCUCGUUCUACUAGAGAGGACCAACUUCAAGUUUUAAAAGUAUGCAUUUUAACUAGUGAUCUGUGUACCAUUUUAAACAUACAGUAAAUCAAUCUUAUUGAAAUAUUCACAAGUGUGUAUGUGUAUUAUUAAACAUAAUGUGUGGUGUUGAAAAACUUCUGUACAUUUCUGACAAAGAGAACAGUUGGUUCAUGUUUAAGUAACUAUCCAGUGGAACAGCUAGAAGUCAAUG